AUGGAUUCCGAUGACGAGGCUCCACCGCUCUUAACGCCAAUAGAUGGAAUUCACAUACAGAAGAAAAAAGUUAUUAAAAAAGAGGAAGAGACGUUGGAAAAUGGUGAAAAUGGCGAUCAAGAGGAUAACGAUAAAUUUAAACCAAAAAAUAUAGCUGAAGCACUUAGUAGAAUAAAUAUGAGAAGUCUUCGUCCUCGAAAAACAGAUUCUCCAAGACCUGAGGACACAGCGAGACGUCUCACAAAAAAAAGGAAGUCUGUCACAGAGAAUGACUGCGAAAAGACUUUUCUUCAACCAAUGAAAAAAGUUACAGCGGUAAGAGGACGAAGACCUAGUUACGGCUUAUUUUAUCCGCAUAUUAAUCAUGAGCCGAUAAAUCCAAUAGAAGAUAUGUUGAGGAAGCAACCACCGGUCAGAGUAGAUGUAGCAGUUAGCCGUGGCCAAAAUUCUGAUGGACCAUCAUCAUCAUCCAGCACUUCCGCGCAAAUGUCACCGGAUCAAAUUAGGACAAUGCUUGGAAAUAAAUUCGCUGCAGUUGGAGUUCCGAAUCUAAUAAUUGAAGAAACAUCGGUUCAUAAUAUGCUUAUUGGGUGUAUGGUAAUGAACGGUCUUAACAGGCUCGAAAAAAAUCGCCCAGCACUGCACCCAAAACUCUGCGAGGACAUCUAUAAUCUGUUCAAUCGAUACAAAGUCACAUAA